ACCAACUUUCUAAAAGUACAGUACAGCUCCUGACUUGUUGUCUCAGUUCUCAUCAUCUGCAAAGUCAGUGCUUCUCUGUUGGUUUCCGAUUGCCUUUAUGGUGUUUGAUUAUAAUAGUUCCUCUUCUACUUACUAUCUACUCUGUGUUUAUAUUUCCUUUUUCCUUCUUUUCUCUUCAAUUAUUGCUGGACUUCAUCUUUCGUUUUGGCGUGAGCGAGAGUUCUAGCUGGAUGGAUUUUCUGCUUGCUUCGCUAUUGUUGUAAAAGCAAACACCACCUUCUUAUUUAUUUCUGUCAGCAACUCUUUGCUUCCUUGCCAAUUGAGAAGGUAUGGCAUCCAUUCAAAGUUGGGGGCGUCUUGCGGGCCUUUUGUGGUUAUGUAUUCAAGUCUUGGCUUCAGUAAGAGUAACUGGGAUUGGUGUAAACUGGGGAACACAGGCAACACACCUUUUGCCCCCUUCAACAGUGGUGAGAAUGCUCAAGGACAAUGGGUUUCAAAAGGUUAAGCUUUUUGAUGCCCAUUCUUUUACUUUGAGUGCUCUCGGUCAUUCUGGGAUUCAGGUCAUGGUGGGCAUUCCCAACGAUAUGCUUUAUACCUUGGCUAAUAAUAUGGAAGCAGCUGAGAAUUGGGUUGCCAUGAACAUCUCCUCUUAUAUCUCCUCUGGCGGUGUAGACAUCAGGUAUGUUGCAGUUGGAAAUGAACCAUUCUUAUCAACAUACAAUGGAAGCUUUUUAGGGACAACACUUCCCGCGCUCCAAAAUAUCCAAGCCGCACUCGUAAAAGCAGGAUUAAGCACCCAAGUGAAAGUUACUGUUCCUCUCAAUGCUGAUGUAUACGAGAGUUCAACAAGUCUCCCAUCUGGUGGGGAUUUCCGAUCAGACAUCCAUGACCUCAUGCUGUCAAUUGUCAAGUUCUUGAGUGACAAUGGUGCUCCAUUUACUGUGAAUAUCUAUCCUUUCAUAAGCCUUUAUAAGGAUCCGAACUUCCCUACUCCCUAUGCAUUUUUUGACAGCAAUUCAUCUACAAUAAAUGAUGGUGGAAUAAUCUACAACAAUGUGUUUGAUGCCAAUCAUGAUACACUUGUAUAUGCAUUGCAGAGAAAUGGAUAUGGAAACCUGUCCAUCAUUAUCGGAGAAGUUGGGUGGCCUUCUGAUGGAGACAAAAAUGCCAACUUGAAAUAUGCCCAGGAGUUCAACCAAGGAUUUAUGAACCGUAUCAUUGCAGGGCAAGGGACCCCACAGAGACCUGGCCCCAUGGAUGCCUACUUAUUUAGCCUCGUAGAUGAAGAUGCCAAAAGCAUUCAACCAGGCAAUUUUGAGCGCCACUGGGGAUUAUUUUACUUCGACGGACAGCCCAAGUAUACACUGACGUUAGGGACACGAAGUUUGAAUGGUUUGGUACCAGCAACUGGUGUACAUUAUCUAUCUCAGCAAUGGUGUGUUAUGUCUCCAUUGGCAAGCCUUGAUGACCCAGAAGUUGCACCGAGUGUGAGUUAUGCUUGUGCUAAUGCAGACUGCACUGCCCUAGGAUAUGGGACUUCCUGUGGAAGUUUGGAUGCACGUGGGAACAUCUCUUAUGCAUUUAACAGCUACUAUCAACAGAAUAAUCAGCUUGAGAGUGCCUGCAAGUUCCCAAAUGUUUCAGUUGUCACGAAUAAAGACCCAUCCUCUGGAGAUUGCAAAUUUAGGAUCAUGAUCCAAAGUACAGAAACAGUCCCCUCGGGAGCCGGAAUUGGAUUAAGGCUUCUCGCGCCGGCUCGUUGGGUAAUAUUGAUGCUUGUUUUCCCAUUUACACUCGUCUGAACUUUUGGCUUCUGUAUAUUGUUUCAUUUAUUCUCUCGAUUGUUUUUUAUUGGCGUGUACAGUUCCAUUGAAUGCAAGUAUAGAUCAAUUAUGAUGUUGUACUUGUACUCAAAAGGAAUUUUAUUUUUUCUAAAAACAAAAUAGUUGAAUCACAAGAGCUGUAGUUUUCACAUUUGUGUUGCUGUUUAUAUGAAUAACUAGGAAAUUUGUUUUAU